AUGGGCCCCCCUCCCUUCGAAGAACGAAUUCAAAGAAAAUUCAAAGGAUAUUUUCCUUUGCCGGUAGGAAACCUCAAAGAGCCAUCAUCUACAAAUCUCGUGAGAGUUCCAGAUGAAUCCCAUACUAAACAGUUAGAAAAGGAAUUUAGGAGAAAACCUUUCAACUACUACACACUUAUGGUAGUAAACAUACCUGGAUUAUCUGAUAUUCCAGAUAAUAUACAAACUUGUAAAUUGGAGACCAUAGGUGGUAACCAUUCAAGAAUAGCCUUGAAAAACAUAUUGAAAGACAAAGAAUUGAGUUCAGAAGAACGAAAAAAAUACGAGGAACGCUUGUGUGCCGUAUACUGCUCUCUAACACCACAAGAAGCCAAGCGAGUUGGACUGGAGCACAAUACAAUUCACAGAUUUGGAAAGGAUAUAGAUAUCUUUGCAAGAAUUGAGUGUUUUCGUUCAACCUUGUUUCAAAGGGCUGGAUUCAAUAAAAAAUCAGACAUACAAACUAAAGAAACACCAGUAGACAAAAAUUUACUGAAUGAAUGGAAAAACGACUUAGAGAUGAUAACAGGAGUCGAAAAUAGGAAGAAACUGAAUAAUAAAUUUCGUUUCGAAUUGUUUUUGGCCCAGUUUUCAACCCCAUGCUGGUUGCAACUGAGAUCCUUUAUUGAUAACUUUAAAGGUAGCAAACGUAAACAAAAAAAUAAGAUAAGUGGAAGACAGUUACGGUGCUUAGAUGGGUUAAAGGAAAAGACUAUUUUGGAUCUUCUUCAGAAGAACAACAACCAGCAUGUUGACUUCUGUAAAUUCAAAGCCAUGUGUGACGAACAUAAAUCAAAGUCAUCGUCAGUGACAUCAAAGGGGAAGCACAAGGCCACAUUAAAAAAUGCUGUUACAGAAGAAGAAACAACUGAACCCGAUGGUGAAGAAAGAAUUAUCACUAUUGCUGAAGAAGAUGUGGUUAGUGAAAGUGCAAGUGAUGCAUCUGAAAGAGACGAGUAUAAACUUCUGUACUUAAAAAAUAAGACCCAUUUAGACGAUAGCUUAAAGAAAAUCAAUGUACUACACAAAGAAAACACAUCAAUGAAGCAAAAAUAUGCAGAACUCAAAAAUAGUUUCGAACAAGAAAAGUUGAGUAGCCAAAAUUGUAAAUGUGAAGCUGAUAUUCUUAAAAAAGAAGUUAGUGAUCUGAAGAAGAAAUUAGGUAAUAUCUUCAAAGAAAACAAAGAAUUGAAAGAAGACAUAAACAAACGGAAGUUGGCAUCCGUGACAGAUUUUUGUGCCAGUACUAUCUCUGUGGAUCUUAAUCCAUCUCCAAGGAAAAAACUCUGUACAGAAAAUAACACAGACACCAAUGAUGGGAAAAGGAAACGUCAAAUGAAUGAGGAAAACACUGAGUACAAGGAUGGAGAAAAGGUUUUAUGCUUUUGGAAGCAGGACCAGAAGUGGUAUGAAGCUGAUAUCAUAGAGAAAAGGAGUAAAGGAUACUUUGUUAAAUUUGUACUCGAUGGAGUAGAGAGAGUUCUAAAGCAAAAGGACAUAAAAAAGAAGAAGACUGGAAAAAGAUGAUACUUUUGCAGUCAAAAUCCAUAUAAAAUGUGAAUUAAUAAAUGUGUAUAUAUUUA